AUGGAAGAAGUAAAGGCACAGAAUGCUGUGAGCGUACCUACUCAAACAAAUCUCGGCGGCAUCCAUGCUGUUGGGGCCUACGCUCUAAGCAACGGAUUCUCUAGAACAACGACAGGCUGGACAGCGGAGUGUCAAUUACGUGGUCCAGAGGAAAUAGUCAAAUGUAGACAACGAAGUAAUCGAAUUGAAGAAAAGGAGUUGUGCAUCUUAGCGAAGAGUCAUUGCAGCGAACCUGCAACUCCGCACGACACCCAUCAGCGCUCCGCCAAUGGGCCACCGGGGGUGGAGUCCCAGAGGGAGACGGCGCCGCGAGAGCGACAGAGACGCUAUAGGGUCCUGUCGAGGCGGGACCCGCAACAAACUCGCCGUGCGGAGCUCAGUCAAAGUUAG